UUUUUGUUUGUACGCGUAGCGCCACUCUCCCUCUCACGAGAUACCGACGGCGCGCUUGGUUUGUUGUAUCGAAGAGAUCGUGCGGAGGGUGGUGUGUGUGUGCGUGUGUUGAGUGAGAUGGGAAGGGAAGGGACGGCAUUGUUUUCCGCGGCAAAAGCUUAUGCUGUGUGCAUCUAACAGCUAGGCGGGAGCGCGGGAAGCGCAGCCCCAGGGGCAGGGUAGCAGCGGUACAGGCUGGGUGUGGAUUCAGACUGACGCUAUCAAACGGCAUUCCAAUGUGCGGCUCGCAUUACACGUUCUCCCCCCUGUCCCUUUCCCUCCACCAAUGACACUAGUGUGGUGCGUGUAUUAUCAGCAGGAUAGCAGGUCCGUCGGCGGAAAGUGAUUCUGCUUGCUGCUAGCAAACCAUAUCGCAGAUCUAAUCUAUAGUAUGCUAUGAAAUACAACCGUUGAAGGUAGUUUAUGGUGUUUGAUUGGUGUCCCAUGUUGGUGAACAUUUCCCAAUCUACAUAACAUUAAAAAAAGAGCGCAAACGAGAGGGUUUGAAACAUGGAUAGCCGUAGCCGUGGUAAACGGCUGUCGACUGUGGUAACAGCGGCAGCAAGCAGCAGUACCGCCGCUGCCAAGGAAACCGCCCCUGCCGCGAGCAACGUGGAGAAGAAGAAGCCGGGCCGCAAAUCCCUGGCCGUUACGGCUGCAGCGCGUAAACGGUCCGCAUCGCCCCCGAAACGGAAACCAUCGCCCGCUCGGAGAGCUUCGCCGGCCCGCCGCGCUUCACCCGCCCGAAAGGCUUCCCCCGCCCGCAAAGCCUCGCCGGCGCGUAGAGCUUCGCCGGGCAGAAAACCGAAGGCAGCAACCGGCACCACCGCUACCGCCGCGUCCACCACGGUGACGAAGGCCGCCGAGCCGGUCAAGGUGAGCCCGGAGGAGCCGAGACGCUCGCAGCGCAUCCGCGCGUCGGAGGAAAAGGUUGACACGGUGCUGCAAUCGCUGAAAAAAUCACCGGUCGACAAGCGCCUGUCGGUGAUAAUGGACGAUGCGGAGGUGAGCGGUAUCAUGAGCGGCCGAACCACUACGCCGAGCAAAAGCAUGACGCCGAACGUUAGCCGCCGGUCGAACGCGAUCACACCGACCACCACGACGGAGCGCAGCCGGGCGACGGUGUCCCGUUCGAUGAGCGUGCUGCAGGAUUACUCCGACCACGAGGACGAUGGCGACUUUAAGAGCUUCCGCCGGACGCACGACAAUGGCGUGGGCGACCGGUCCCACUCCCAGCGCGGCGUUACGAAACCCAUGUGGCAGCAGCAGCUGGUCGAGUUUGGGGGAGCGUUCGGUGCGACCGCCCUGCUGCUAGCCCUCCCGCUGUUCAUGUUCGUGACGAACCACUUUUGCUCCGGCGCCGCCCACCGGAACUGUCAGUUUGUGGUGCCGAAAAGUUGGGCCGAGUUCGGCACGCUCUCGACGUACAUGAACAAGGAAAUUGGCACGUUCUAUGCGGUGUUUGUGGCCGGCGUGGCCCUGCUGACCGGCCUGCCGAUCGGCAAGCAGGUGUCGCUGAUGGACGAGUCAAAUCAAAAGCGCUCGCACGUCUUCAACGGGCUGACGGUCGCGCUCGGUACCGGGCUGGCGGUGUUUGUCGCGGAGUACUGCUACAAAUAUCCGCUGCUGUCCGUCGUCAGUCGCGGCUACAAUCAGCUGCUGGUGCUGAGCAUACUCACCGCGCUGGCAGUGGCGCUGCUCGCCUUCGUGAAAUCCCGCGCCGUGCCAGUGGUGGAGAGAAAUCCAUACGCAAGAACUGGCAACUUUUUGAUCGAUUUCUUCGCCGGCCGCGAGCUGGAUCCGACCGUGCUACACGUGUUUAAUCUGAAGCUCGUCACGUACCACGUGUCGAUGGUGCUGGCGCUGCUGUUCAACGGCAUCAUUCUGUACCGCAAUCUCCACUUCGCCGCCCUGCCGGAACAUCUGACCGCGGCACCCAUGCAGGAGCGGCUGCUGUAUUCGUUGCAGCACCUCACCUGCGAGCCGGCGCCGGUUGCUGCCGCUGCCGUCACCUUGCUCUACCUGCUGGAUCUGCUUGCGUACGAACAUCAUCUGGCCGCUUCGUUCGAGCUGCAGCAGGAAGGAUUCGGCGCCCAGAUGCUGCUGCGCUAUGCCGUGUUCCCGUUCGCCCUUACCCUGCUGCCCAAGUACGUGGCCGCCCAUAAGCUGUCCGAUGUGCCGCUGUGGGCCGUGGGUGUCUGCGUCGCUCUGGCGCUCGUUGGACUGUUCGUGAAGCGAGCCUCGAUGCGGAUAAAGUAUCUCUACCGUUUGAAUCCUUUGGGCGAAAAGGUUGCAUGUUUGGAAACGUAUCCCACCUUCCAGGGCCGGAGAUUGCUGGUGGCGAAAUGGUGGCGCUUCGUGCGCCAACCGAACUAUGUCGGAGACGCGCUGCAAACUGUUGCCCUGCUGCCACUGCUCUACUGGCGUUUUGCUUGGCCGCCGGUGCUAGCGGUUCUGUUCACCGUCGUUCUGCUGGUGCAUCGUGCAAAGCGGCUGAACCUGCGCAACGCCCGCAAGUACGAUUCAUCGUGGCAGCGUUACUGCAACACCGUACCGUACCUGCUCGUCCCCCGUGUCUACUAAAUGUUUGUCCCACCACCCACCCGUCUCAUCCAAGUCACAUCCAAGCUAGUGCAAAAUCUAUCCCUCCCACCUUUUACACUGUUCCCAUUUUUUGUUCGUUCUUCAACUGUACACUGUCCACUGAUUUUUGUGUACUGUGCGUCUCCCUCGAUUCGAUUGUAAAAAUGUGUGUUUUUUUUUUUUUUUGUACUUUCAUGUUUUGUCAAAUCUAAACAUUAAUUUAAUACUUUUAAAUUCUUCGGCAAUUUUGUUUGUCGAACGGCGCAUUUGCUCAAGGGCGCCUUUUAAUGGUUUUAUGUGCUGCUAGGGUAUAGAGUGUUUGUAUCUCUUUAUUUGGAGUGAAAUUAUAUCCAAUUUUAAUUUACCUUGUGGAAGUUACAUUGCAAUAAAAGCAACACAACCGUGUGCGUGUGUUAGUUAAAACGACUGCAACAUAUUAGGCAAAAUGACAGCAAUGAUGAACGUAUAGAAAAGCUUAAAGUCCCUCAGAAGUUAAACAAACAAAAAGAAUUAGGUGCGUAAUGUACGAAAAAAGAGAAAACAACAAACAAAUCAGUGAGAAAAAGACAGCGAAAAGGUCUCGGAGGGAUGAGUCUAAUAUUGAGCGGUCUUUAAAAUUUCAGAAGAAAACAACUAUUGCUAAAAAAAAUCUAAAAAAAUAUUGCUAAAAUUAUCAUUUUGUACAAAACAAAAGAAAGCAUAGAUGGUAGUGGCAAAUAAUUGUACAAAAAGCUGUGUACAAGUGCUCCCAACAUCAUCGUAAAAGUUCCAUCUCUCGCUAGAUCAAUUCACAUUGGCACAGUACGAUACGGCGAGCACACGCUCUCUUUUAAACGAAUUACACAGUUAUGUUUACAAGCCCUCAGCGUAAUACUCAGCAGAUGCCGAUAAGCAUGCAACACACCCAUGUGCAGUCCUGGCAUCUUGAAACCAAAAGUACAACAAGAAUCUACCUUGUAAAUGGAGAACACGCAGCACCUUUCGCAGAGAGAAAAGGCGUGAAUGUGUUUAAAGUAACUUUAAAUUGUCACUGAAAGGUAGAAACCGUUUACAAAAUUGUGCUCUCAGGCAGAAUGCCGCGCCGCAUCAAGCGCGCAGACGAUUUCAAUUAGGCCAUUCUAAUGAACUCUUCUUAAACCGUAAUUGGUGAGUCUUAUAGACUCCCUUUCUAACGGAAAAACAGAUACGCGGAGGGCUCAGACGUGUUGAUUUUGCCAAUAGAAGUAAACAUUAGUCUGUUAAGUGAUAGCGAUUAAUUUAGAUCGAUUGAUAAGAUAUUAAAUUUUAAAUAAAAAUGCAAGCAAAAAA